AUGGCUUCUGCUGCUGCUUCGGCGACGCAAAGAAUUCCAUCGAAGCGGCAGACGUUGGACGAAGCCUACGCACCGCCAGCGAACUUUCUUGAAAUUGAGGUUUUACUCGAAAAUCCGAAAAUGCUUGAUAAAUUAAAUUCAUGCUGGUCUUUCAGGUCAUCAAUCCGAUUACGCACGGUGUCGGCAAAAUGCGCUACACUGAUUACGAAAUUCGAAUGAGAGUAAGGAAUUUGAACGAAAAUUGGGGAAAAUUGCGUUUUUCAGUCGAAUCUGCCGGUUUUCAAGCAAAAAGAAUCGAGCGUCCGCCGUCGGUACAGUGAUUUCGAGUGGGUUCGCGCCGAGUUGGAAAGAGACAGCAAGGUUCGUCUUUUUUUACGUUUUAAGUCCCAAAGACUGAAAAUACGGUUUCAGAUUGUGGUGCCGACGCUUCCGGGCAAAUCGUACAAGCGGCAGCUGCCAUUCCGAUCCGACGACGGCAUUUUCGAGGAGGAAUUCAUUGAAAACCGCCGCAAGGCGCUCGAACUUUUCAUUAACAAGUUCGUACUGCUCUUAACAUUUUUAAAAAAUAGAUCCGAAUUUUUGCAGAGUUGCGGGACACCCACUGGCCCAAAACGAGCGUUCUCUGCACAUUUUCCUCCAAGAAACGACGAUCGACAAGAACUACGUGCCGGGCAAGAUCCGCACCGCCUGA